AUGCGAAGACGUCAAUGUUCCGGGAAUUGUAGCAGGUUGUGGUUACCAAAGACUGCCUUGUCCGAUGCGACCGUGUUCGUUUGUGUUGACCACGGCGAUCCGUCGUCAGGGGCCGAGUUGGUGUUCUUGAGUUUCAGAGGCCCCGACACCCGCCUCGGUUUCACCGACUACCUCUAUCACUCCAUGGUUGGAGCUGGGAUUCGCGUCUUUAAAGAUGACGAAGAGAUCCGAAAGGGCGAAAAGAUUGGAGGCGAGCUUCUGCAUGCCAUCGAAUCCUCUAAAAUAUUCGUGCCCAUCUUCUCUAGGAAUUACGCAUCCAGUGUGUGGUGUCUUCGGGAGCUCAAGCACAUGGUGGAGUGCUUGGGUAAAGCGAAAGACAAAGUGAUCCUACCUAUUUUCUACGACGUGGAUCCUGACGAUGUGAAGCUCAAAACUCCAUUAUACCUUGACGCUUUGAGGAAGCACGAGGAGAAGUUUGGCCGUGAUGAUGUUCGCAAAUGGGAGGAGGCUCUGACAGAGGUUGCAAGAAUCAAGGGAUGGGGCUUGAAGAACAGAGGGCAUGGCGAAAUCAUCAACGCUAUUAGGGAUGAUGUUUUGACUAGGCUGAAGAAAAGAAUGAGAAAUUUGCCGGAUCAUUUAGUUGGGAUUCAUGAUCAUGUGGAAGCUAUCAUUGACUUGUUAAACAAAGGUUCUCCUGAUGUUUGUUACCUGGUCAUCCAUGGAAUGGGUGGAAUCGGUAAGACAACCCUUGCAAGUGCCGUGUUUAAUCGAAUUUCCUAUCAAUUUCAAGGCUGUAGCUUCCUCUCGGACGUGCGCGAAUCAGCGCAAUGUGGUAAGAUUAUUAAGUUACAAGAACAGUUGUUAUCAGAAAUUCUCCAGGGCAAUUCUCGAGAUAUCCUUGGUUCCAUUGAUGCAGGGAUUAGCAUAAUUAGAGAAAGGUUUCGUGAUAAGAAAGUUCUCAUUGUUCUAGAUGACGUUAAUAAGUGGGACCAGCUCUCUAAAUUAGCAGAAAAGAGCAAUUGGUUUGGUCUUGGAAGCAAAAUCAUCAUUACAACAAGGGACAUCAAUUUUUUGCCGAUCAAAGAGGAGGAGGAAGAGAGUAGUUGCCUAGCACAUUAUGAAGAGUUUAAGAGGUAUGAAAUGACAGAAUUGGAUUAUUCCCAUGCUCUUAAGCUUUUUAGUCGACAUGCCUUCAGGAUGGAUUUCCCACCGUGUGCCUAUUAUGAUAUCUCAUGCAAAAUUACUCACAAAACGGGUGGACUUCCAUUAGCUCUCGAGGUUAUUGGUUCCUCACUUUGUGGCCAAAUCAAAGAGUUUUGGAAAGGCACGUUGAAGAAAUUAGAUUUGGUGCCCAAUCAGGAAGUCGUUAAUAAAUUAAGGAUCAGCUACGAUAUGUUAGAGCCUCAUCGUAAAGAGAUCUUUCUUGACAUCGCAUGUUACUUCGUUGGUGAAGAAACAAUAUGUCCGUACUAUAUGUGGAAAGCUUCCGACUAUUUCCCAAGAUGUGAAGUACUUGUCCUUAUUCGUAUGUCUUUAAUAAAAAUAGUAGAAAUGAAUAGACUGUGGAUGCAUGAUCAAGUGAGAGAUCUUGGAAGAGAGAUUGUCCGAUGCGAAGACGUCAAUGUUCCAGGGAAUCGUAGCAGGUUGUGGUUACCAAAGACUGCCUUGGACGUGAUUCAAAUGAAAGAGGGGACAAACAAAGUCAUAGCACUCAGACUAACAGGACUCUCCAAAAUGCACAAUUUCACAAGCGAAGAAUUUUCAAAGUUGCCCAAUCUGAAAUUCUUGGAAUUAGAGGGGGAACAUGGUAGGGAUUUUAAAAAUCUUCUCUCCAAGUUAAUAUGGCUCUCUUGGAGCGAUUGCCCUUCGGAAUUAAACGCGACGAAUUUAUGUCUCAAGAAACUAGUUGUGCUCAAGCUUUCAGGAAGUAAAAUUACCGAAGAUUGGGCUGGAUGGGAGCCAUGCCUGGUGAGCGAGAAUUUGAAAGUUAUACAAAUUACCAAUUGCAAAAGCUUGAAAAGGACCCCGACUUCUCAAAAUGCUUGA